CUUCUUCUUCUUCCUACUCCCACACAGGGCACAACAGAGAGCUUACCAACAACAAUUUAAGCAAGCCUUAGCUUAUUCGUAUUUAUAUAUGUCUGGUUCCGUGAACAUAACGUCGAUAAAGACGUCGUCGAACGGCGUGUGGCAGGGCGACGACCCCCUCCUCAUCCUCCAAACCAUCCUCAUCCUCCUCGUCAGCCGCCUCCUCUCCUUCCUCCUCAAACCCCUCCGCCAACCCAACGUCAUCGCCGAGAUCAUCGGCGGGAUCAUACUGGGGCCGUCGGCGCUGGGGCGGAACAAGACGUACCUCCAUGCGGUGUUCCCGGCGUGGAGCACGCCGAUCCUGGAGUCGGCGGCGAGCAUCGGGCUGCUGUUCUUCCUGUUCCUCGUGGGGCUGGAGCUCGACCUCCGGUCGAUCCGCCGCAGUGGGCGGCGCGCCUUCGCGAUCGCGGCGGCGGGGAUCUCGCUCCCCUUCGCCUGCGGCGUCGGCGUGGCCUUCGUGGUCCGCCGGGCGAUCCCCGGCGCCGGGGCAUCGGAGGGGGGCUACGCGGCGUUCCUGGUGUUCAUGGGCGUGGCGCUGUCGAUCACGGCGUUCCCCGUGCUGGCGCGCAUCCUGGCGGAGCUGAAGCUGCUGGCGUGGGUGCUGCUGGCGCUGGCGGUGGCGGUGUCGGGGGACCGCCGCAGCCCGGCGGUGUCGGCGUACGUGCUGCUGUCCGGGGUGGCGUUCGUGGCGGCGGGGAUGGGGGCGGUGCGGCCGGCGAUGGAGUGGGUGGCGCGGCGCGCGGCGGAGGGCGGGGAGGGCGAGGCGCUCUGGAUCUCCCUCACCCUCGCCGGCGUGCUCGUCUCCGGAUUCCUCACCGACCUCAUCGGCAUCCACGCCAUCUUCGGCGCCUUCGUCUUCGGCCUCGCCGUCCCCAAGCACGGGCCCUUCGCCGAGCGGCUGACGGAGCGGAUCGAGGACUUCGUCUCGGGCCUGCUGCUGCCGCUCUACUUCGCGUCGAGCGGGCUGAAGACGGACGUCGCCACCAUCCGCGGGGGCACCGCGUGGGCGCUCCUCGCCAUGGUCAUCGCCACCGCCUGCGCCGGCAAGAUCCUCGGCACCUUCGCGGUCGCCAUGGCGUGCCGCAUGUCCGCCAAGGACUCCAUCACGCUCGGCGUGCUCAUGAACACCAAGGGACUAGUCGAGCUCAUCGUCCUCAACAUCGGCAAAGAGAGAAAGGUGCUGAACGACGAGACGUUCACUAUUCUGGUGCUGAUGGCGCUCUUCACCACCUUCAUCACCACCCCGACCCUCAUGGCCAUCUACAAGCCCGCCCGCACCGACCACCACCACCGCCGCAAGCUCCGCGGCUCCGCCUCCCCCUCCUCCCCCUCCUCGUCCUCGUCCUACGUCGCGGCCGACCCGAAAGAGCUCCGCGUCCUCGCCUGCGUCCGCGGCGACCGCGACCGGGACGUCCCCUCACUCGUCCGCCUCAUCGAGACCCUCCGUGGUAGGGACGCCACCGACGGCAAGCACCGCUGCUCCCGCUCCCUCAAGCUCUACAUCCUCCGCCUCCUCGAGCUCACCGAGCGCCCCUCCUCGAUAAUCAUGGCCCGCGCCGUCCUCCGCAACGGCCUCCCCUUCCUCCCCCGCCGCCGCCCCAGCGGCGACCACAUUGCCGUCGCCUUCGGCGCCACCAGCCGCGUCCGGGGCCUGACCGCCGUCUCCUCCCUCGCCACCAUGCACGAGGACGUGUGCGCCGUCGCCGGGGAUAAGCGCAUCACCCUCCUCCUCGUACUCUUCCACAAGCACCGUGCCGACUCCGACCACCACCGUCGCCAUCACCACCACCACCACAGCAGCAGUGAAGAUGGCAGCGACGACGACAUGGAGAGCGUUGGACAGGGGUGGCGCACCAUGACCCAGAGGAUACUUAAAGAAGCGCCGUGCUCGGUGGGGGUGCUCGUAGACCGGGGCUUCGGCAGCAAGGAACAGACCACCGACGAGGCGUAUCGGGUGUGUGUUGUGUUCUUCGGUGGGCCCGACGACCGGGAGGCGCUGGAACUGGCCGGGAGGAUGGCGGAACAUCCGCGGGUUAGGGUUACCGUAGUGAGGUUUAUUACCCCGGAGAAGGAUGGUGAGGAGAAGAAGCCGGGCGUCACCCUCCGGCCGUCGCAGCGAAAGAGCUCGGAGAGGAGCUACACCUUCUCCACCGCCGACGUCGACCGCGAGCGGGAAAAGGAGCUUGAUGAGGCAGCAAUAGCGGAGUUCCGGCAGAAGACGGAAGGGGCGGCUAGCUACGAGGAAAGGUCGGUGACUGCCGGCAACGUAGUGGAGGCGGUGUUAGCGAUCGGGCGAAGCGGCAAUUACGAGCUCAUGGUGGUCGGGAAGGGCCAGUUCCCAUCCGCGAUGGUCGCUGAGCUCGCUGGCCGGCCCGCGGAGCACCCUGAACUGGGCCCCAUUGGGGACGCACUCGCGUCCGGCCGCCACGGCAUCGGCUCCUCCGUGCUCGUUAUCCAGCAGCACAAUUCAGUCCACUCGGAGGAGACGCCCGUGUCCGUCGUCUUCGACGGUGAUGCCGCCACCGCCGCCGAUCCCCCCAAGGCCUUGCCUGAGCCGUAGGAUCAGUUCUUCGCAGAUUCGACUUACAAACCGAGUUUCACUAAUAUGAUGAUAAAUUGUUGUUACGUAUAAUUUUUUCUUUUAUUUUUAUUAUCAUGGAUUAUCAUAGAGUAUAUAUAGAUGAAUUCGAAGCCUAAAAGAGAUAUCAUAACUGCGCUCAAGCAUUAAAGGGUCGAAAUAUGUACAUAGUCCAUCUCUAUUGCGUUUGGACUCUACCCACCAAACAAGGUAACACAAAUAAGGUUUAAGCUUUCGAAUAA